UCCCCAGCCUGCCCUGCCUGCGACCGGAGCCAGCUGCCGCCAGCCCUCAAAGGCUCGCUCGCCCAUCCCUGCGCCCUGCCUGCUCUGGGUCCCAGGGGCUGCAAUGGCCUCCCACUCCUGCAUCGUCGGCUUUGGCAACCUCAACAGCUGUGUUGUGACACAGGCAAGCAGUCCCUGGCCUGGGACCUCCGGAUGGAGCAAUUACAGGGCCCCCGAGCUGGGCUUCAGCUCCGGCAGCCUCACAGGCUGCCUGACAGCUAGCACCAUCCCCAAGGUGACCGUGAACGCCAGCCUGCUUGUACCUCUGGACCUCAAGGUGGACCCAGCCAUCCAGCAGCAGAAGAGCCAGAAUAAGGAGGAAAUGAAGGUCCUCAAUGAUAAAUUUGCCUCCCUGAUUGGCAAGGUGCAAGCCCUGGAGCAGCGCAACCUGCUGCUGGAGACCCACUGGCGCUUCCUGCAGAGCCGGAACUCAGCAGCCUUUGACCUUGGACACCUCUACGAGGAGUACCAGGGCCGACUGCAGGAGGAACUGCGCAAAGUGAACCAGGAGGGAGCCCAGCUUGAGGCCAAACUGCUGCAGCAGCUUGAGAUGGUGAAGGAGUUUCAGAUCAGGUAUGAGGAUGAGACCUCCAAGCGCACGGACAUGGAGUUCACCUUUGUGCAGCUGAAGAAGGACCUGGAUGCAGAGUGUCUUCGACGGACAGAACUAGAGACCAAGUUAAAAUGCCUGAAGAGCUUCGUGGUACUGAUGAAAAGCAUCUACGAGCAGGAGCUGAAGGACCUGGCAGCCCAAGUGAAGGAUGUGUCGGUGACCGUGGGUACGGACAGCCGCUGCCACAUUGACCUGAGCGGCAUCGUGGAGGAGGUGAUGGCCCAGUAUAACGCCGUCGUGGCUCACAGCCUGGAAGGAGCCAAGGCGUACUCCCGGAGCCAGCUGGAAGAGCGGGCUGCCUGCUCAGCCGAGUCUGGGAACAGCCUCCAGAGAAGCCGCGCCGAGAUCGCUGACCUCAACGUGCACAUCCAGAAGCUCCGAUCCCAGAUCCUCUCCAUCAAGAGCCACUGCCUGAAACUGGAGGAGAACAUCAAGGCAUGCGAGAACCGGGGUGAGCUGGCCGUCCAGGACGCCAAGGCUAAGCUGGCCCAGCUGAAGGACGCCCUGCAGCAGGCCAAGAAGGACAUGGCGCAGCAGCUGCGUGAUUACCAGGAGCUGAUGAAUACCAAGUUGGCCCUAGACAUCGAGAUUGCCACCUACCGCAAGCUGGUGGAGGGCGAGGAGAGCUGGAUGGACUUGCCCUCAGCCACUGUGAUCAGCUCUAUGCAGUCCAGAUCUAGAACUGCUGCGUCCAAGUAUGGCCUCUCGAGAGCUGCCUCCCGGAAAAAGAAAAACAGGGAAGACCUCGUGAUCAAGAUCACCGAAACCUCAGAAGAGUUCCUCUCGCAGGAGCCAGAGUUCUCACAGUCAUAGUCAGACGUGGACAGGCUGCCCAGCCAGCUCCCAAGCACCUUCUCUAAAAGCUAUUCUUGCCAUGACGAACUCCCUGGCGGGGAAGUGGGAAGCGGGGAGGCC